AUGGUGUCGAGAUGUGACAUCGCUGAUCCCACUGGGAGGAGUUCCAGGGACCAGGAGGUGAAGGCUGAGGUCUAUGCCCCAUGUCCACAGGUCAGAGAAAAGAGGAGGUCCGGGCAGUGCCAGGAGUCAAGCCAAUCUGAAGACUAUGGCCUCAGCAGGCAAGAAGAAGUACCAAGCACCUCGCAUGACCAGGAAGAUACCAAGUCCUCGCUCCCAAAUGCACUACAGGUGAAGAAGAAUGAGUUGGUAGAAUUCCUGCUUACUGCAGAGUACCUGCAGCUGGUCUUUGGUUUGGAGGUAAAGGAGGUGGACCCCAGUGAGCACACCUAUAUCCUGGUCCCCACCCUGGGCCUCACCCUCAAUGAGAUGCUGAGGGAUGGGCAGGGGUUGCCCAAACCCAGCUUCCUGGUGGUGAUCUUGUGCCUGAUUGCUGUGGAGGACGACCGUGCUCCUGAGGAGAUAUGGAGAACACUCAGGAGGAUGGAGGUGUGUCCCCGGAGGGAGCACUACAUCUUUGGGGAGCCCAGGGAGCUGCUGACCCAAGUAUGGGUGCGGGAGGGGUACCUGGAGUACCAGCAGGUGCCUGAUGGCGACCCUGGUUGCUAUGAGUUCCUGUGGGGUCCCUGA